AUGGCUCCACCGCCGCCGCCACCACCAUCAUCAUCAUCAUCAAGAAAUUGUAGACACCAAGAGCCACAUUUACCAGAUGAGUGUUGGGAAUUAAUUUUGAAACACAUCAGCGACCAUCUAGAUCACGAAUCACUCUCCCUCGUCUCACGCCAGCUCUUUUUCCUUACCAACCGCCUCCGCACCGACCUCUCCGUUCUCGACCCUGUCCCCCCUCUCCUUCCCGCCCUCCUCCGCCGUUUUCCCAACCUGACGACCAUCAAAAUCACGCGCUACUUCACGGGUGACAUCAACGCGCUCCUCUCCCAAAUCGCUUUGUUCGACCUACCCUCACUCCGUUCCCUCGACCUGUCCCACCAACCCACCUUCCCCUCACAUGGGUUGCGACAAUUCUCCCAAAAGUUUCCAACUUUGAAGUCACUCAACUGUUCCUUCACGCCUCAGGAUUUGGGCUUAAUUGUCGAGUGCUUCCCGAACCUCGAAGAAAUCGACGUGAGUUUCCCUCCGAAUAAUUCUGAUGAGAUAACAGAUUAUUCCCGUGUAAUGGCCUUUGCUUCAGGGCUUAAGAAGCUUAGAAAGGUGAAUGUUUCAGGUAACCGUAAAUUUCGGAACUCUCACAUUUUCACCUUGUGUCAGAAUUGUCAUUUUUUAGAAGAGCUUAUUGUUCUUAAAUCAACCAGCAAGCUUAGUGUGAUAAGACAGAUGGCUAACGCGAUCCGUCAGAGACCCCAAUUGAGGUCUUUGGCUUUUAGCGGUUCGCAUGAUAAGAUUUCGGAGUUCAUUGAUGCAUUGGUAAAUUUGAAGGGUUUGACUUGUCUUGAGUUGUCUUGGUCGUGCAUAUCUGACGAGGUCUUGUGUGCUGUUGCGGAAGAAGGCCUUCCCUUGAGGAAACUCUCUCUGCAGUACAAUCUUGAGAGCACAGAAUAUCUGAAUGAUCAGCGGGUGGUUGAGUUGUCUUUGCUUCUUGGUAACUUAAACUUUGUGAAACUUAAUAGGAAUGGAGAGCUUACUGAUUUGAGUUUGUUCGCCAUAAUGCGUAACUGCCCUUUGAUAACUGAGAUCAGGAUGGAAAGUACCUGUCUUGGGAAGAAGAAGGUGGAGGAGAAUUUUUUGGUUGUGAAUUAUUCUCAUGUGAAGUUUCUCUAUUUGGCUAAUAAUUUAUGGCUUGGUGAUAGAAGUCUCACUAUACUUGCUUCGGUAUGCCCAAACUUGGAGAUAAUGGAUUUGAGCGAUUGCAGGAUCAAUUCAAAGGGUGCUAUUGAAGUUUUACGGAGGUGUUGUAAGAUUCAACGCUUGGACUUAGCUCAUUUAGGAUACAAGGAGUUUCCGUUUAAGGUUAACUUUGAAGUUCCUACAUUGUUUGUGUUGAAUUUGUCAUGGUCGAUAAUUGGCAAUGAAGAACUCUCUCUUAUUUCAAAGAAUUGUUACAACUUAAAAGAACUUAAAUUGGAAUAUUGUAGCAAAAUCACGGCCAGUGGGGUAAAGCAGGUGGUAAAAGAUUGCAAGCAACUAAGAAUGAUAAGUUUGUAUUCUUGUAAAAACAUAUCUACUGAUGUCAUUGCUUGGAUGUUAUUGGCAAGGUCAUCGUUGAGAAAAAUAACAUUUGCUAGUGACACGGGCCGGAGGGAUCUCUCCCUACGUCAUGGAUGCGUUGUUGGCUGGGAUCUAAGCGGUGGUUGGUUGGGACUAAGCGGUCGUUGGUUGGGAUUUCGUGGGAUUACUAACGUAACUGAUUCUCUCCUAACCCGAUAG